AUGGCGUCGUUCUGUGAAACGGGAGAGCAUUACUACAGGAGUUUAGAUGUUUUCAAGAAAAAAAGCGAUGAAUUUGUGAGAAACAUUGAGCUCAUACGUAAUCACAUGGCGUCUGUGAUUCAAAGGUUGCCACAAAAUCAACCCUGUUUUAACAUCUUGAGCGUUGGAAGUGGAACAGGAGAGGUGGACAUGGAAAUCUUGAAGAUUAUGAAAGAAGAACUGCAACGAACACAGGGUCGCGACCAGAUAAAGAUCUAUAACAGAGCGAUUGAGCCAAAUGAAUACGCUUGCGAUCUUUACAAGUCUUCUGUCAAAAGGGCCAACGACCUACAGAUAGAUUUCGAUGUUCGCUGUCAAACCUUUCAAGAGUAUAAAGUUCAAGGAGCUGAGAAACUAGAAGAACGCACGAAGUUUGACGUCAUCCACUUCAUACACAGUAUCUACUACGUGGAUAUCGAAGAGGCUUUAAGUCAUUGCAUUGAGAACGAGCUCCAUGCUAACGGCAGUUUACUUUUCAUGGUGGAGGGGCCGGACCUCAUAUGCUGGGUUCUAGACAAGCAACGCUUUCCUGACUGGUAUGGAAAACCGGGUGACUCAGUUCCCGAAAGCUUCAAAACUGUGGAGAAAUUAUGCAAGAUUGUUGGGGAAGCUGGCUGGAGAUAUGACGUCUACAACCAAGAAUAUGAGAUUGACGUUACUGAGGUCUUUGAUGCAGAAUCAACUGAAGGAAAUCUGCUUCUUGACUUUCUGACACAUAGUAAGAAUUUUCGUGACACCGCAGAUGAACAAGUUGUGAAAGAAAUACUGGCCCUGAUUAAGGAUCUCUCAACCGUUAAAGAUGAAAGACAUUUUGGAAAAAAGAUGGAAUCUCUUAUCCUUAUCUAUAAAUGA